CAUGCCAAUCACUGACAGCCAUCACACCAAAUAAAAGGAAACCAGCUAAGAGAUUACAGGUAUCUCUAGUCCUCAUCACCUGCAUCUGUUGUAAGUACUAUGUUAAUUUUUUAGCAUGUUAACAUCAGGAAACUAAUCAAUAUGUACCAUUAUUUCUAAAGGCUGAAUGAUGACUGAUAGUGUUUAAUUAUUAAGGUUAAGUGUAUUUGACCAUCAGAGGGUCUGCAGCAGUACUGACAAUUACUGUUUGAUCUCUAACUGAUUUUUGAGAAAAAUAAAAAGGAUAAACCAAAAUUCAACAGUUAUUAAUGGAAGUUCAUUUCAAUCAGUUAAGCUCAGUUAAAUAUUUUUUAAUUAUAUAUAUUAUUUAAAAAACUGUUUGCAUUAUUUUAAUGAAUAGUAAUGUAAUCUAAAUAUGUAAAUACAUGAAAAUGAUACUAUAAGCCCUUUUACUGUAUUUUAAGUCCAUUUUAAAGUGCAACAUUCAAUUUUAUAUAAUAUAUAACAAGGGAUCCCUUCUCUAAAAAAGGAUGAAGACCUCUACUUUGAUUACUUACAAUUUAUGCACAUGAUAAAACAAUUUUAUUUCAGUCUUUUUUAAAUUAAUAUCUUUAGAUAUAUUUAGUGCUCUCAGAACACCAGAGCCAGAAUUUCAGUGUAAAUGUAGUUUGUGAUCUGUAUGCAGGACUCUUGUGGAAGCAUGUCUAGGGUGGAAGGUUACGGAGAGUCUGACCUGCGCUCACAGCUACGAGCAUGUAGGACUGAGAUCGCUAUGGCAAUCCAUGACCCUUUCCCACUGCUGUAUGGGCUGGUGGAUCAUAACAUCAUCUCUGAACAAAUCCUAAGGGAGACUUUAGAGCGAAAGAAAAAGGAUGGGAUCCACAAAGCUGUCUACUCACUGCUCACUUUGAUACUGGACCAGGAUGCCACAGUCCUCCAGGGAUUCUGGAGCAAUCUCUGUAAAGAGUACAAUAAGGAGUGUUACCCAAAACUGGAAACCCUUUUUAUGAACCUUCCCAAAGGGUUAAAGCAGGUGGCCAGACAUGCAGGGAACCCCAGGCUUGAGCUGCAGGUCCGCAACCAGUCAGGCAAGAAGAGAGGUGUGGCCGAAAAACCAAUGACCCACCGGCCACAUCACCACACCAAGAAAGCCUUAACCUCAAGCUCAGGAAGCAAAGGCAAGCCGAUGAGAAAGACAGAUGGUGCAGCACUUUCGCAGGUCUCAGUGGGAAACGGAGUCCAGGCUGUAUCUACCUCAGUCCAGAGGGCCGUGACUGUGUCUGCCAGUGAGCAUCCCACUGGCUGCGGGACAGUGGAGGGGAUUCUGAUCCAGCAGGUCAUCGAGUCUGGAGGUGCCAAAAAAUGCAUCAAGGUUGGAGGAGAAUUCUACUCUUCUGGCAAACUGGAUGAGACAGCUGGAGUGCACAAGGCACAGACUGCACAAAACUAUGUUCACCAGCAGGGAGAGCCAAGCACCAGAGUCAUGGAUGUCGAGAGUAAUGAUGAUGAAUGUACCGUAUGUAAAGACGGUGGGGAGCUCAUCUGCUGUGAUGGAUGUCCUCGCGCCUUCCAUCUCAACUGCCUAGUGCCGCCCCUUACCUCCAUACCCAGUGGUACCUGGCGCUGUCAGCUAUGCCAAAGCAACCGAGCGAAAGACAGAACAUACACCCCUUUGCAGCCUGCAGUUCACCCUCCAGUGACAGAGACAAGCUCCAGCUCUGCUGUGGACUUCUCUUUCUUCUCGUCUUUGUCCUCCACCUCACUCUCCACAGUCUCAGGAGGCAAAAGUGUUCAGCCCAUGGGCCUCCAGUCUUCAGAUGGUGAAAUGGUUGGGUUGAGGAUGGCUUGUGGAAUUUGCCGCCUUACCCGAGGAGAGCUGAUCACCUGCCCACAGUGCCUGCAGAGUUAUCAUGCCCUCUGCAACUUUUCAAAUGGAAAGUCAAGAUGUAGAAAUUGCUCCAGGUCUUGGUGCCCUGAAAGUGAAACAUCAUCGAGGAGUCUUCAGGUGAGUCAACACAUGACUGAUCAGGGCUUAAUGCCAUCAGAGCAACUGCUCAACAGAGAUGAAAUGGACUCUAUAAUGGGGGAGAGCUCUAUAGAUGGGAUCCUGCAGUGGGCUUUCCACAACAUUUCACGUCCUCUUUCUGAGUCUCAAGGCUAUUUCCAGUGAUUCAGUGAGUCCAGUGGUUCAUCUCUGCUGUGCCCAAACAUCAAAUCUCAGUAUAAGGUCCCUCCUCAGUGUUAGUUGGACUAAU